AUGUCCACCCUACUGGAGAUCAAGAGCAGCGUGCUCAGGCAGGUGCAGGUGUGCCCGUCGUUCCGCCGCAGGGCCGAGGAGCCGGGCAGCGCCAGCGCCGACGCGCAGGAGGCCGUCGUGGGUGCCUGGAAACCCGGCGACGGCGUGGAGUUCUUCGCUCAGAUGCGCGCCAUCGUGAGGAAGGGGGAAGGCAGACAGGGCCUGCCGUGCCCUGAGGUGAGGGCGCCCUGCUGUGGGGCACCUGCCGGCCCCCACCCGCUCACCCCGGCUCCCUCACAGGUCCUCCUGCGCAGUGGCUCUCCAGCCCCAGCAGAGCCCGUGGACCCCAACCGCGGCCUGAGAGCCCUGACCCAGGAGGAGGUGGAGAUGCUGUAUGAGGAGGCGUUGUACACCGUCCUCUACCGGGCAGGGACCAUGGGCCCCGACCAGGUGGACGACGAGGACGCCCUCCUGGGCUACCUGCGGCAGGUGUUCGGCACCAGCCCGGAGGAGCACGGCGAAGCCAUCGAGCGUGUGAAGAAGGCCAAGGCCCCCACCUACGCUCUCAAAGUCUCCGUCAUGCGUGCCAAGAACCUUCUGGCCAAAGACCCCAAUGGCUUCAGCGACCCCUACUGCAUGCUGGGCAUCCUGCCCGCCUCGGGCGCCCCGCGCGAGCCCAGCGGCCAGAAGGAGCAGCGCUUCGGCUUCCGCAAGAGCAGCCGGCGCAGCGGCCCCCGGCCCGCCCGCUGCAUCCAGGUCACGGAGGUCAAGAGCAGCACCCUGAACCCCGAGUGGAAGGAGCACUUCCUCUUCGAGAUCCAGGACGUACACACGGACCAGCUGCACCUGGACAUCUGGGACCAUGACGACGACGUGUCCCUGGCAGAAGCCUGCAGGAAGCUGAACGAGGUCAUCGGCCUGAAGGGCAUGAGCAGGUACUUCAAGCAGAUCGUGAAGUCGGCCCGGGCGAACGGGACGGCGGGGCCCGCCGAGGACCACACGGACGACUUUCUGGGCUGCCUCAACGUCCCCGUGAGGGAGGUGCCCGUGGCCGGCGUCGACCGCUGGUUCAAGCUGGAGCCGCGCUCCAGCGCCUCCCGCGUGCAGGGAGACUGCCACCUGGUCCUCAAGCUCGUCACCACGCAGAGGGACACGGUCAUGAGCCAGCGCGGGCGCUCCGGCUUCCUGUCCUACCUGCUGCUGCUGAGCCGCGUGCUGCGCUUCGAGCACCGCGCCCAGGAGCCCGACUCCAGCAGCUGGCGCGGCGAGCUCAGCGGCCCCGGGACCACCGUCCUCUGCCUCCACGGAGCCCAGAGCGACCUGUCGCCCUUGCAGCUGGCCGUGCUGCACUGGCAGGUCAGCAGCCGCCACCAUCAGACCCGCACGCUGGACUACGGCUACUUGCUGGGGCUGCUGGAGGACAUGCAGGCGCACUGGGAGGAGGCGGCAUCGCUGCCCCAGGAGCAGGAGGAGAGCCUGGCUGACAGCUUCUCCGCCUUCUCCGAGUUUGGGCUGCGGCUGCUGCGCCAGCUCCGCCACUACUUCCCUGCCACCAACAGCACGGCCGUGUCCCGCCUGGAGCUGCUGCUGAAGUGUCUGGACAAGCUGCAGCUCUUCCAGCCGUCCUUUGAGAUCUGCCCGUUCGAGACGGAGCUGAGCAUGGACAUUGCCGCCGCUCUGAAGAGAGGCAACCAUGAUUGGUACAAUAGACUCCUGAGUGCCAAGAGCCCUCGAGAGCAGCCAGGGCCACAGCGCCUGGCUGGGCUCGUCAAGCUGGCGGACACCGUGUACGAGGACCUGCAGUCCUGCUACGGCAUCUACGCCAGCCUCUUCCACAGCAUCCUCAAGGUGGACUUCUUCACCCUCACCUUCCGGCAGCUGGAGCGUCUGGUGGCCGAGGAGGCGUGGGUGCUGACGGAGGAGCUGAGCCCCAGGAUGACCCCUGAGGUGGCCUCGGGGCUCCUGGAGCUCUACCUGACCCUGGCGGACACCCAGCGCUUCUGGGGCUGCAUCCCUGGCCGGGACAGCCGCUCCCUGGCCCUGGCCGGCAUCCAUGUCCCGUUCCUGCCGGCCGUGAAGCUCUGGUUACAGGUGCUGCGGGACCAGGUCAAGUGGCGGCUUCAGGGAGCCGUGGAGGUGGACACGCUGGAGCCCGUGGACGCGUCCUCCAAGCACAGCAGCUCCGCGGCCACUGCCAGCCUCUGCUUCAGCCACGUCCAGGAGCUCUGGGCGCGCCUGGCGUGGCCCGAUGCUGCCCAGGCCCAGGGGCUGGGCCUCCAGCUCAGCCAGGACAUGUGCGAGGCCACUCUCCUGUACGUGGAGCUGCUUCGGAAGAAGGUGGACAGCCAGCCCGGGGCCGCCGAAGAGCCGGUGAGCGACUCAGCACCCCCGGCCGCCCCUCUGCAGCUCUGCGUGGUGCUCAACAACGUGGAGCAGGUGCGCAAGGCUUCGGGGCAGGCGCUGAGAGGCCUGGUGUGGCCCGAGGCGGCCUCGGUGGCCCCGGCGCUGCCCCGCCCCCUGCUCAGCUGCGUGCAGGCCCUGGACGAGGACCUGCAGCGGGAGGCCAGCACCGUGACCGCACACCUCACCGCCAAGAUGGUCGGUGACGUCAGGAAGUACGUGCAGCACAUCAGCCUGUCACCUGACUCCAUUCAGAACGACGAGGCUGUGGCCCCGCUCAUGAAGUACCUGGACGAGAAGCUGGCGCUGCUGAGCGCCUCCCUGGUGAAGGACAGCCUGAGCAGGGUGCUGGAGGCCCUCUGGGAGCUGUUGCUGCAAGCGAUUCUGCAGGCGCUGGGGGCAAACCGCGACGUCUCCGCUGACUUCUACGGCCGAUUCCACUUCACGCUAGAGGCUUUGGUCGGUUUCUUCCACGCCGAGGGCCAGGGCCUGCCCCUGGAGAGCCUGAGAGAUGGGAGCUACAAGAGGCUGGAGGAGGAGCUGCGGCUGCACCAGAGCUCCACGCGCGAGUGCAUCGAGCAGUUCUACCUGGACAAGCUCAAGCAGGGGUCCCUGGGGCAGAACCGCUUCGGCCGCCUGAGCGUGCGCUGCCACUACGAGGCGGCCGAGCAGCGGCUGGCGGUGGAGGUGCUGCACGCGGCCGACCUGCUGCCCCUGGACGCCAACGGCCUGAGCGACCCCUUCGUCAUUGUGGAGCUGGGCCCGCCGCACCUGUUCCCACUGGUGCGCAGUCAGAAGACGCAGGUGAAGGCCCGCACGCUGCACCCGGUCUACGACGAGCUCUUCUACUUCUCCGUGCCCGCAGAGGCCUGCCGCCGCCGCGGCGCCUGCGUGCUGUUCACCGUCAUGGACCACGACUGGCUGUCCACCAACGACUUCGCGGGGGAGGCGGCCCUCGGCCUGGGCGGCGUCAGCGGCGUGGCGAGGCCGCAGGCGGGAGGCGCCGCGAGGGCCGGGCAGCCGGUCACCCUGCACCUGCGCCGGCCCAGGGCCCAAGUGAGGUCUGCGCUGAGGAUGCUGGAAGGCCGGACCAACAGGGAGGCCCAGGAGUUCGUCAAGAGACUGAAGGAGAUGGACAAGUGCAUGGAGGCCGACCCCUGAGGCCCCUCCCCCCGCGGCGCCGGCGCCCCCACCCCCGCUGUGUGCUGUGGCUGACCCUGCUUGUCUGCCCUGGCUACAUCUCUGGUGUGUGCUGUGAACCCCCAUGCCCCAGCGCGCCCCGCUAGGGCAGGCCUGGCCCUGGGGGUGCCCGUGCUCCCCAGGAAACCACAGGCGGCACCUGGGGUACAGGGAGCAGGGGCCUGGGGUGUGGCCCAGCAGGGACUAGGCCGGGGGCUCUGGAGGGAAGUGGUCCCUGCAGCCCAGACCCAACAGAGGCCAG